AUGGGCUCCCUGCCUCGGGUCUCAGUGGUGAAUGGCGCCCGCACGUUGGUGCCUGCUGCCCCUCUACCACAGCACCUCUCACACUUGGCCACCAGUGAUAACACCGCCUUAGUGUACUCAGAUGAGACUUCUAGUGUGCGAGUGAGUUACGCGGAGCUGGAAGCUCGAACCAACGCCCUCGCUAGAGCCAUAACUUCACGCGCAGGACCUAAGGGGGCUAACAGAGAUGGGGAUUAUGUCAUCGCUGUCUGCAUGCAGCCUACACACAAUACCAUUACAACUUUGCUGGCGACUUGGAAGGCGGGAGCAGCGUACGUGCCAAUGGAGCCGAGCUUCCCUCAAGCCAGGAUCUCACACAUCUUGAAGGACGCUGAACCAGCCCUCGUUAUUUAUGAUGAAACCGCUAACCCAGCCAUGUUUUCUGGAAAUGGCAUCCCAGCAGUGUCAUUCGAGGAGUUGUUGCACGAAGCUGGUGGACUAUCAGCUGAUGCCAUCCAGGAUGUGGAGGUACUGGCACCAGCGAGGAGCGAGAGCAUUGCCAUCGUACUGUAUACCUCUGGCAGUACUGGUAUCCCGAAAGGAGUCCGUCUCCCCUACUCAGCAGUUUGCAACCGUCUCUGGUGGCAAUUCCAGACCUUCCCAUACAGCGACACUGAGGUUCACUGCGUCUGGAAGACUGCUCUGACCUUCGUGGACUCUGUCUGUGAGAUCUGGGGACCUUUACUGCACGGCAGGACCUUGGUAAUCCUGUCUCGCGAGACUACCAGAGACCCUCAGAAACUGGUCAACGUUUUGGCUGAUAACCAGAUACAACGCCUAGUGCUAGUGCCAACCCUACUUCGUUCCAUUCUCAUGUACCUUUCCCUCAAACCUUCCGAAAAACCUCUCCAGCACCUUAAACUCUGGGUAUGCUCUGGAGAGACCCUAAGCAAGGAACUUGCUGCCCAGUUCUUCAAGAACUUUGGUGACCACAAUGGGUAUAAAUUGGCCAACUUCUAUGGAAGCACGGAAGUGAUGGGAGAUGUGACCUACUACGUCUUGGAGAAUACACGCCAGCUUGAUGCUCAUCCUACUAUUCCUAUUGGUACUCCAUUGGACAAUUGUGCCGUAUACCUUCUUGAUGAGGAAAUGAAUCCCGCUCACGAGUCGGAACCUGGCGAGGUCUGGGUGGCUGGACGUAACCUGGCUGAAGGUUAUGUUGGAGGACAGGGAGCUGACAAGUUCAUUGAUAACCCACACGCUGCUCAUCCAGAUUUCGCUCGUCUAUACCGCACUGGAGAUUUUGGAGUUCUUCAGAAGGGAGUAAUUCUGUACGCUGGUCGGACCGACUCACAGAUUAAGAUUCGAGGACAUCGGGUAGACUUGCAGGAGGUGGACCGAGCUGUAGCUGGUGUAAGCGGGGUUGACAAAUGUGUGGUACUAUGCUACGGUCUGGACCGCGGUAACCCUGAGAUUCUGGCCUUCGUCACCAUCAAACCUGAAGCCAGGAUUGCUGCUCAGCAUAUUGAGGCUGCCCUCAAGAACAGCCUCACUCAUUACAUGAUACCUCAGGUGAUUGAAGUAGAAAGCAUACCGCUGCUUGUAAAUGGGAAAGUGGACAGACAAGCGUUACUGAAGAUGUAUGAGAACACCAACAAUAAUGAUGAUUCAGAGAUACCUCUAGAACUGGACUACUCCUCAGUCUCUCCAUCCGACAUGCAAGCUGCCAAGGUCCUCUUUGAGACGGUGGGAGAGGUUCUGGGCAGGGCUGCUCGGGGUGCCAUCAGCGUGAGAGCUGGUUUCUAUGAGUUGGGAGGCAAUUCUCUAAACUCCAUUUAUACCAUUACCAGGUUGAGGGACAAAGGAUAUUAUAUCGAUAUCAGCGACUUCCUUGGUGCUUCCAACCUAGGCGAGGUCCUGUCCCACAUGACCACCAGUCCGCAGCAGGAUGACGAUGGAAAAGAACUGUUCUCCGCUGAACCACUCGCUGAUGAACAUAAAAAGGAGGUUAUAGAAAUGAUAGUGUCAUCAUUUUACAACAAGGCGGAGUUGGAGCAGUUCUUGAAACACGAGAUCGACACGAACGACUACGCUGUACUGAUCAGCGACACCUGGCCAGCGCUCAUAGACGCUCAACUCAGUGUUGUGCUCAAGAACUCAUCAGGAAUCCCAGUGGCUGUGGCACUGAACUUCGACGCUCGAGACGAACCUGAUGUGGAAUCUGAAGAGACAGGUGGUCUGAUGAAGAUCAUGAUCUUCUUGGAGUUCGUAGAGAGCACGGUCAGAGAUUCUAUGCUACCUCCAGGAAAAGGUACAAUCCUGCAUUCUUUCAUGAUGGCGACAGCGGAGAGUCUGACUCCCAGGGAGAACGUGGCCGCCAUCAGGGCGCUGGAGCAUGCCACCAUGAACAUUGCCAAGGAGAGGGGCUUCCAUGGCGUCUUCACCACCAAUACCAGUCCUUUGACACAGCAACUCGGUACAGAUGUUCUAGGCUACCAAACUCUUUUGGACUAUCAAAUAAAUCAGUACGUUGACCCCAAUGGCGACAGGAUUUUCGGAAAAGCGCCCGACGAUAUGAGAGCUAUCGUUUGUUGGAAGCCUUUGGAGUAACUGUGAUAUAUUUAUAAGGUAAAAUAAACUUUAAUUUCUAUGCAUAAGGUACAUUUUAAGUUGUGUUGUUUUGUGAGUUACAACGUUUUG